GCACUCGUUGUAGAUGGCAUCUCCGGUGAACCGAAACGUCUGAGCGAGCCGGUAGAGACGGAGAGAUUCGUGAUAAUAUCGCAAUGCUUUGUCGCCGAACUGGUAGCGCUCUGCUUGUUCCUCCUGGUGUACACCUGCAUCAAGGGCUUCGUCGUAGUCGAUAGGCUCUUGUUUUCCCUUGGGUUUGGCUUUCUUGGGGGGCAUGAGAUGACACGCCGACAGUGACAGAGCGAUGACUUCAUCGACACAGAAGCACUGCCCCAGGCUGCGCAACGAGCUUAAUUGCCAGCUCAUUUCCCCGGCUUGACUCAAGGUACAGUACAGAGGACGACCUCACACAAGUCAGCAGAUCAGCACAGAGAUGUCGACGCAACCGGGCGAGGACGUUGCACUGGACAAGUCAUCUUCAAUCAACUCCGUCAUUGCAAGCGAAAAUGCCAAUGCUGUCAUUGACCGCAACACUACCCACUACUUUGCAUUCUCAGCGGCCACUUUCCUCAUCCUCAUCUCGAUCCCAAUGAUAUUCUUUCCGAGGCUGCUCUCUAUCGCUCUGGGGGACGACCUGGCUUCAGUCGAAGGCGAAGGCGGUGUGCUACGACCGCUGAGCCAGCUCGAGUGCUUUUUUGCCCUCAUCGCAGGUAUCGCACACGUUGCUCUCUCGCUCAUGCUUAUCAUCCAAACGGGCGCAAUCCCACUCGUGACCACGCUGUCUGCAGAUGAGGGGGAAGCGAUGGCCAGUCCUUUCCGCAGUCCGGCCAUCGCCAUUGCUUCUGGCUAUCUCGGGGGUCUCGCAGCCGUUUGCUGGUCACACAGUCUGCGCUUCAUCGCAAUCAACGCAGCCGGUCUCACUGUCUUUGGACUGUGGUCGCUCGUCUUUGGCGCAAACCUUUCGCUGAAUUCGAAAGGAAAAGACAAGCAUCAGAGCAGUUUCCCAUUCAAGAAUGAUUCUGCAGAAGAUCGCAAAAAGGCAUAGGAGCCCUUGCCUCACAUACACCCUCAUGUUCAUGAACUCGCGCAAUCAGUGGAAAUAGA